AUGACUAAGGAUGCAAAGAUUAGUCUUAUUUAUUGUAGAAGUGAAGAGAAGGUUGCAGACAUAUUCACAAAGCCCCUGAAACCAGUGUCCUUUCUAAAGCUACGCGAUCAACUUGGUCUUGCCACAGGAACUUUGCGGCAGUUCAUCACUUGUAAAACUAAAAUUCAAGUUUUGCAAAAUACCAGAAGAUCGUAUACUGAAUUGCACAUCCCUAAAGAGUUUAACACUAACAUUGUGCUUCUCAGUGAGGAACACAUGAGACAAAUAACAUCAAAUUGUCAUCACCUGGAAUCGUUGAAGCUGUGUGGUUUUUGUGGUUUUUGUGGUUUUUAUCGUUUGCAUUUAACUUCCCCAAAAUGUACGAGAUUUGAAUUGAGUAACCACACACAUCCUCUUGACUAUAAGGGAGAUGAGUGUUACUUUGAAAUUGUUGCUCCAUAUGUUCAACAUUUUAGGAUUUCAGGGAAUUUUGAGGGUGUGGGAAUUAGGCUCGGGGACCUGUCGUCUUUGAUCCAUGCUGAUCUUACUUACAACUUGUAUGACUUCCGUGAAUUAGAUGAUGUAAUUGACAAAAGCAUAGUGAAAUAUCACUUUACAAGUGUAGCAUGUGCUAAUGAGCUAAUCAUCCCAUCCUUGUAUAUCGAGAUGAUUUCCAUGUUGAUAUUGCAAAAAGAAGAUGUUUCAUUACUGUUAUUGGAGGGCAAACGAUUGACGAUAAAUUCUUGGAUUAGCAAAUAUGCCUUCCUUGGCAUCGACAGACUCUUAAGUUCAACUCCUUGUCUAGAGAAAUUGACAAUACAUCUUAAAGUGGACUGCACUUUCUUAAAUUACUGGUGUGAAGACAUGGAUGAGUUGGAAGACAACUAUGAAAACAUAUUCAUCAUAGGUUCGUUGCGCAAUCUGAAAAUUUUAAAGGUUAUUUUACAGUGGAGUCCCUUAAUAGAGGAUGACACGACAACAGAGCUUACUGAACUGAUGAAGUGUUUGUUUGACCACGCAAAAUAUCUGGAGAAACUGGUUAUAGUGGCAGAGAACAGUGAUUGUUCAAAAGUGAUACAAAGUUUGUUAGCUCUUCCCAGAGUUUCUAAUAGUACUGUAGUUGUCUCCUUAGAAUCGGUUGCUGGUGUUGAGUACUGAGUAGAAUUUAUUUAGAUUGAUUCCGUUUGUUUCCCAG